AUGAGCUACUACGGCAGCUACUAUGGAGGCCUGGGCUAUGGCUAUGGCGGCUUCGGUGGCCUGGGCUAUGGCUAUGGCUGUGGCUAUGGAGGCUACGGCUAUGGCUGCUGCCGUCCCUCCUGUUAUGGAGGCUACGGCUAUGGCGUCUACCGCCCCUGUUGUUAUAGAGGGUAUGGAUUCUCUGGCUUCUAUUAA